AUGGAUCACAUUUAUCAGAAUGCCGUCCUCAACAUUGGCGCGACUGGGGCCGCCGAUGCUGCACGGCCACCAGCAGACCGCGACUUGGUGCCUGACAGUAUGGUCAAGGGCAAGGGCGAAAGCGAGAUGCGCGAUCAUAGCAAUAUCGCUCGCAGCACCGAUGUUCCAAAUAAGUCUCUUUUAAGAGAUGAAGGCAGAACAAAUGCGGAGAGCGCCAAGGCUUAUUCGCAGACCGAGACCCCCUAG